ACAAAAAUACAAAAUGGAAGAGCGGGUAUCUUGACAGUGAGCGGAAAAUGGUUGUUAAGAGUUGGGGGGUAUUUUAAAAAUACAACGUGCAUUUGAUGUUACCUUCCCAUGGCUAUUAGUCACGUUAUUUUGUUGAGGUAUUUAACCCAUCGUUUGUUCCUAGAAACAGAUAGCUUCCUCACAAAUACUUGGGUGAUAGAAGGUUUAAUUUCAAGCCAUGGUUUCAUUUUUCGAGAAUAAAUUCUUCAUUUAGCGGCGGAAUUUCCGGAUUAAUGCGGUAGGGUUUCAGGAGUUGGCGGUGGCUGGGUGGAGAGCCAGGCUGAGAUGGAGAAACUAUGCCACUAUGAGAUUGUUGGGGAACUCGGCCGAGGGAGUUACGGGACUGUGUACGAAGCAAGACACUGCAAGAGCCAAGUUAAAGUCGCCUUGAAAAAAGUGCUGUGUGGCUCUCCUGAAUCUUCGGAACUGGCUCUGCAGGAGUUCUGGGCGCUGAGCAGGGUGAAGAAGAGACACCAGAACGUGAUCUGGCUCCAUGAGUGCAUCCUGCAAAAGGAGCAGGUCAUCCAGAAGAUCAGGAAGGAAUCUCCGGAAUCAGACAGCCACUUGCUCCUCAUCGAGACUUGCCUUAAGGGGAAGUGUUGCUUCGACCCUGGAACCACCCCCCUCUUGUGGUUUGUGAUGGAGUUCUGUGAUGGGGGCAAUCUGAAUGACUACUUGCUGAGCAGAGACGCUGACCGAAGGCUGAACAGUCACUUCAUACAGCAGCUCGCUGCUGCUGUGGUGUUCCUGCAUCUCAAUCAGAUCAUUCAUAGAGACCUCAAACCAGACAAUGUCCUAAUUGUUAACACUCCAACCGGACCCCUCUUAAAGGUGGCUGAUUUUGGCUUGAGUAAACUGUGCCAGAAUAAAGGCAGUGUGAAUCAACGGCAAAUGUCAACAGCAUGUGGCUCUGAUUUCUACAUGGCACCAGAACUCUGGGAGGGGCAGUACUCUGCUAAAGUUGACAUCUUUGCCCUUGGGAUCAUGUUCUGGGCCAUAAUUGAGAGAAUCACAUUUCGAGAUGCUGAAGUCAAAAAGGAGCUGCUGGGUAUAUAUCUUUCUCAGGGGCAUGAAUUGGUCCCUGUGGGAAAGGCAUUAGUGGAAAACCCCAGCCUGGCGCUUCCAAUUCCUUUGAAUAGUAAAAGGACUAUGAAUAAAGAUAUCAAGAAACUUCUAAGGGACAUGCUGGCAUUUAACCCACAAGAACGGCCAAAUGCCUUCAGCCUACAGGAACAAGUUGAGUAUGUCUUCAGGAACAAGAUGAUUCUCCCCUGAACCACCCACAAACUUCUCCUUGUUGAUCUAUGGGAAGAUUUGAAUGAAUGUGAACUUAUCCACAGAGCUGACACUGGCCUAGUUUUUAGAUAUUAUGCUGGAUGCUUAUUAAUGUAAAGACUUGGGCUUGUGCAUAGAAUUGAUGUGUAUUGAGUUGAGGUGUACAUAUUCAGUACAGGUUACAGUUCAUGUCUCAAAAGCAACUUUUCAAAUAUUUGUAAGAAAUAAAGGACCGAAUCAGUUUUAUUUUGGACUGUGAAUAACUUUGUGGUGAGUGGGUAUGGCUGUUUGGCUUCUUGUGUAUUUGCACACUCUUCAAUAAUUAUACUUUAGCUACUGGCUACCCACUAAGCAAAGGUAAUUUUCUUUUAAUGACCUAUUGCUUAUUAUACGUCAGGAUAAUACUGUACUUCACUAGGUUGAUAAACUAAUCUAUAUAAUGGAUUGUCUCCAUUCAAACUGAGAUCAGUCUCAGGACUGAGAUCUGAACAAAGGUAGUGACCUUUGUUCAGAUUGGUACCACUUUCAUCUUCCCAGUUCUCAGAUGGAUAGUUAGUUGAUUUUUAAAUCUUUAUGGUGUAUGUACCAAGACUUGUCACUCUGGUCUGAUUUUGUUGAUCUGUCUUGUAAUGUUUUUAUCAACUUGUCCAGACUUAUGACACAUCUUUGACCAGGUGGGACUUGAACCCAGGCCUCUUGGCUCAGAGGUAAGGUCACUAGCACCACAUCACAAGAGUCCAGUUCUGCCUUGUAACCUGGAGUAAAUGGUACUAUGUCAGGGAUUGUAUGCUAAUACCUGACUUUCAUUUCCUUAAUGCUUUGGGACACUGCUUUGACUUUGGAUCCCUCUUCUUUUUUACCUGUUGGUAGACUGUGAAUUUUCUCUCUUGAUUGGAAAUGUGCAAUUUAUUUUUGUUGUUUGUUGUAAAUCUGAAUUUUGAGAAUCUUGUCCUGGAAUUUUCCAGGACUACUUACUUUUAUUUUUGUCUCCUGGGAUGGGGUUUUUUUAAAAAAAAAAAGGGCUCUCAAUCUGUGCUGGAUUCCAGGUUUGUUGGGAGACCAUUGCAGUCUGUUUGGUUUCAGUAGAACUCCUAUUUACAUGCAAUAAUGUUUUGGGUGCUGUCUGAGGCUUAUUGUCUAUAUUAUGUAUGAGUUAUACUAGGUCUUUAGGCAAUUGGACACGUUAAUAAUUUCUGUUUGUCUACCUAUGACUUUUCUGAACCUGAUGUUGAAAUGUCAACCUUUUACCUCAAACAGGUAUCCUGCAACUAGACCACAGGAUAAUACCCUAUCACACAAAACUCUACUCUGCUGUCAGUCUU